ACGUCCAACUCCAGGUAUUUUCCAUAACGACACUGAUAACAUUUACUCUGUCGCCCCGCGACCCUAUCGCUGUCUUUCAAUGAUCGCCAGAACACUACUUUAGUCAUGGCUGUAGGUGCUACGGUACCAUUCGUGUCAUCACCCCUCUCCUCUCCGCCGCCAAAUCAAUCCUUUAGCAAAACAAUCUCUACUACAUCUACCGGUCCAACAUAUCGAACAGCAGCAGAGUUCCCAUUUGAACUCUCCCAGCACGUUCAAACAUACUAUGAGGAACGGCUUUUCACCCAAGCAUAUAACUUCCUCAUCUCCAUCGUCAGCAAUAGCGUAUCUCAUGCCGACCCUUUAAAACCCGUCACGAUCCCACCUUCACCACACCUCGCACUCGCCGCCACCAUCUCGGUCCAUCCUGUAUUCACCACUCGUACAUACUCGCGCGAGAAAUGGGACCAGGCCAACUCUGCCCUUCGACUCCUGCGCCUUGUAAGCUCCCUUGCCGGACCUAUAAAUGCAGACUUUCCAACGGCAUUUGGUUUUCAUAGAUAUGAUAGCCGCAACUCUCGUCACACCAGCACCACGCGCUACGAUGAUGAUGAUGAAGAGUAUCACUCGGACAACCAUUCUGUCACAUCCACGGACCUCAACACCCCCUACGCUUCUUCACAGUCUCUCUUCACAUGCUGUGAAGAUUUCUGGCAUUUGGUCGGCUGGGCUCUCAAUUGCUCUUCCCUAGCGAUGCCGUCGACAGUUCAUGCUUCCCGUUGGGCCCAUUACAACUCCCUCCUGACAUUUCUCAUAGAUCUACUUGAAAGGGACUGGAGCCUUCGUACCGGUGGCCCUUCGUCUACUCCAGAAGAGAGCCUGUUGUGGAACUACAUAGAGCUGGCCUCGGGCGGUCACGCCAAAGCCCGACGCAUCCUGCGAGCCAUCUUCGCUGACGGCAGCACUCGGCCGAUGUCUGAGUUUCGUCCUAUCUUUGCUCACGAACUCAAACCGCCCACCAAACAAGAUACCAAAACGGUAGCCAAGCGCGAAGAUGUGGACAUCGAUGCAGAUAUAUAUGGUGACUAUCUCAUGCGCGACGAGAGUGAACUUUCCGACGAUGACAAUGCGAGUACCGCAACAGGUACGACCGCGUCUGGACGGCCCGCCAAACGUCUACGGCGGGCGGGAAGCCGCCCUCACACGCCGAGUGCAAAGGUCACGCCCAAAACUAGCGCUGGCAGUCUGAGGAAUGACUACCAGGAUGGUGCCGAUAACACAAACGUCGCGUGCCUGGGUGAUAUAGAAGCACUAAAUCUACGGAUGAGGUUGUUACGGCUAUUGACAUAUGUGUCAGAGCACCCUACUUUGACGGCAACGAGUCCUACCACAUUUCCAGAUAUGGAGGAGCUAUUAACACUUUUCGUUGAGUUUAUCAAGCCCUUACCUCUGUCAGUGUUUGCCGGAAUCAUUCUCACGGCUCCAUCCACCGAACCGAAUUCACACGGCGUAAGUCGAAUGCAAAGUCAAGUUUUCGACCCGCAGACAGAAGCACUUCUCUGCGAAUCCCUGCUACAGCGAAUCCUGGAGAACUGUGCACCAUCGAUCCGAAGUGACGUGCUACUAUCACAGCAGAAGUUGACCGAGGAGUAUCUCCCCUUUGCAGCAGGAAAAAAUACCGUUGAUGCAAAUGCACGGGUAUCUCUGCUGUUAGAGGCAUUGACUAGAAGUCUGGCCCAGCUCGGAGAACUGAAGCGUGAGGACGAUCUGACAGCGGCAGUGUACAGGGGCAUUAAGAAAAGGAUGAGUAAGGUUGUUGAUAGUUUCGAGGGGAAGAGGCCUAGAAAAGGAGAGAACAGGAGCGACGAGGCAUGGAUCCUGCUCGUUGAGAGUGGCGACAGGAUGGGAAGGAUUGUUGACGGGCUUCAAGCCGAGUGAUG